UUAUCCUUCUCUCUGCCUGCAACCGUCGAACCCCUUGUGCAAUCAAUUUUAUUGAUAUCCUGCCCCCUCGCCAGCAGGUCACUGGUGAUCCUUUCUCUCAGGAACACUGUAGCCAUGUCAGGAGCAGUGCCGACGCGACAGACACUCCGGCACCUCCGCCGCCUCUGCUUGAUUGACUCACCCACAGCGACGACUGCGCCUGCAACGACGAGAAGGAGACCAAGCCUCUUGCAAUGUUCGCGACCACUAUCGACUCGUCAUCCACGACAAGCAUUUAGCACGUCCGCCAUAUGCCACCAACAGCCUCGAGCGCAGACUCAAGCCGAAGGGCCACCCGAAACGACGGAGCAGCCCAAAGAAGAGGAUGCAACGCUUUCCGCCAGCCCUCUGGACGUGACGAAUUACUACACGCUCUUUCCCCUGACACUCGCGUCAGGUCCGCCGCCUCGGGGCGCAUUCGACAUCCCCCUCUCGCAUCUCCGCCGCGAGUUCCUGCGCCUCCAGUCGCAAUACCACCCGGACAAAUUCCCGCCGGGCACGGCCUCGCACCAGAAAUCCCGCGCGCUCUCCUCCCUCCUGAACAACGCCUACAAGACCCUGUCCGACCCGCUCCUACGCGCGAGGUACCUUCUCCAGCUUAAUCAUGGAAUCGACAUCACGCACGAGGACAACGCCACCCAUGCGGGAGUGACGGACCACAGCACGUUGCUGGAAGUCAUGGAGGCACAGGAGAUGCUGGAGGAGGCGACUACUCAUGACGAGAUCGAAACAUUGAUGAGAGACAAUGUAGAGAGGAUAAGGGAGACGGAGAAGGCGUUGGGUGAAGCUUUUGAAAAGGACGAUGUCGAGAGUGCGAAAAGGGAAUGUAUCAAGUUGAAUUACUGGCGGAGUUUGCACUCUGCGUUACAUGAAUGGGAGCCAGGCAAGGAGGUAAGAUUGGUGCAUUAACUUACCGGGGUGAUUGCAAAAUAUCGGUCUACCUGUAUCGCAAAAAAAAAAAUGAUGGAUGCGAUUGAUUUGCUAUACAGAUCGUGCAUACCCAAUCUACUUCAUAUCUAGCCCUUUUGGCGUAUCGAUACUGGAUCUCUUAUCCAAUUAACAUUCGCAGAUCAAUCCAGC